GCCUUCCCCUGGACAUGCUCCGCUGUGAGAGUCUGCUGGGUCUAGACCAGGCCACCUGCAGCCGUGUCCUCAACAAGAACUACAAACUACUGGUCUCCAUGGCACCGCUUAGCAACGAGAUACGACCUAUCAGCAGCUGCACGCCUCAGCACAUUGGCCCAGCCAUCCCCGAAGUGAGCUCCAUCUGGUUCAAGCUCUACCUGUACCAUGUGACCGGCCAGGGUCCUCCCUCCCUGCUGCUGUCCAAGGGCUCCAGGCUCCGGAAACUACCGGACAUCUUCCAGGUUUUUGACAGGCUGCUGAUCACUUCCUGGGGUCACGACCCCGGUGUGGUUCCUACGUCCAACGUGCUGACCAUGCUCAAUGACGCCCUCACACACUCUGCUGUACUCAUACAGGGCCAUGGACUGCAGGGUCAUGGAGAGACAGUUCACGUCCCCUUCCCGUUUGACCAGGAGGAUCUCAAAGGAGAGUUCUCCUCCUCCAACAUGUGUGUCCACAAGGCCCUGCUGCUGCUGAGGGAGAAGGUGGAUCUGGAGCACCAGUGUGGUUACAUCACCAUGCUCAACCCCAACAACAGGCAACGCAGGAGGGCCAGCGAGAGCUCCGACGGCAGGGGAGACAGUCAUCUGGGAGGUGGAUUGGAGGCCCACAGCAGCACGGAGUCCUUUGAGCUGGUCACAGAGGACAACAAUGGAGGAAAGCAAGCAGCAGAAGUGCCGUUGACAGAGGAUGAGUGGGUCCCUCUAGAGCUGUGCUUUGGGAUGCCCCUCUUCAGCUCCGAGCUCAACCGCAAAAUAUGCAGAAAGAUCGCCUCGCACGGCCUCUGUAGCAAAGACAGCCUUCAAGACUUACUUCAUUCCAGCCGAAAACUAUCAUUGAAGGUUCUGAGUUUUGUUCAGUCAUUUCAGGAUGGCAGCCAGGGUCAGCCUGACCCUGACAGUGGAGUGUCCGGUCCUCUCAGCCAGCCCCCGGCCGAGUCUGGUGUUCCGCUGCCUGCUCUCAACCUCAUCUUCAAGGACGGACAGCUGAGGGAGUGGAGUGGACGAGCUCCUCCACCUCUCCACAUCUCAGCCCUGCAGACAGACCAGUCCUUAUAGACCGCUCCACAUCUCAGCCCUGCAGAAAGACCUUAUAGACCCCUCCACAUCUCAGCCCUGCAGAAAGACCUUAUAGACCCCUCCACAUCUCAGCCCUGCAGAAAGACCAGUCCUUAUAGACCGCUCCACAUCUCAGCCCUGCAGAAAGACCAGUCCUUAUAGACCCCUCCACAUCUCAGCCCUG